AUGACCAAGCUUUCAGACCAAUCAGAGAACGACCAGCCUUCAGACCAAUCAGAGAACGACCAAGCCUUCAGACCAAUCAGAGAACGACCAGCCUUCAGACCAAUCAGAGAACGACCAAGCCUUCAGACCAAUCAGAGAACGACCAGCCUUCAGACCAAUCAGAGAACGACCAGCCUUCAGACCAAUCAGAGAACGACCAGCCUUCAGACCAAGCCUUCAGACCAAUCAGAGAACGACCAAGCCUUCAGACCAAUCAGAGAACGACCAAGCCUUCAGACCAAUCAGAGAACGACCAAGCCUUCAGACCAAUCAGAGAACGACCAGCCUUCAGACCAAUCAGAGAACGACCAAGCCUUCAGACCAAUCAGAGAACGACCAAGCCUUCAGACCAAUCAGAGAACGACCAAGCCUUCAGACCAAUCAGAGAACGACCAGCCUUCAGACCAAUCAGAGAACGACCAGCCUUCAGACCAAUCAGAGAACACAACACACAGAGUUGAAGGCAGUCAUCUCCCAGAAUACACCCUGGUCUUCACCGUCAGUAACGGUCCGGUCAGUAACGGUCCGGUCCCCCGGGUCAGUAACGGUCCAGUCCCCCAGGUCAGUAACGGUCCAGUCCCCCGGGUCAGUAACGGUCCAGUCCCCCGGGUCAGUAACGGUCCAGUCCCCCAGGUCAGUAACGGUCCAGUCCCCCGGGUCAGUAACGGUCCAGUCCCCCGGGUCAGUAACGGUCCAGUCCCCCGGGUCAGUAACGGUCCGGUCCCCCGGGUCAGUAACGGUCCGGUCCCCCAGGUCAGUAACGGACCAGUCCCCCAGGUCAAUAACGGACCAGUCCCCCAGGUCAGUAACGGUCCAGUCCCCCGGGUCAGUAACGGUCCGGUCCCCCAGGUCAGUAACGGUCCAGUCCCCCAGGUCAGUAACGGACCAGUCCCCCGGGUCGGUAACGGUCCGGUCGGUAACGGUCCGGUCCCCCGGGUCAGUAACGGUCCAGUCCCCCAGGUCAGUAACGGUCCGGUCCCCCGGGUCAGUAACGGUCCGGUCCCCCAGGUCAGUAACGGUCCGGUCCCCCAGGUCAGUAACGGUCCGGUCCCCCGGGUCAGUAACGGUCCGGUCCCCCGGGUCAGUAACGGUCCAGUCCCCCAGGUCAGUAACGGUCCAGUCCCCCAGGUCAGUAACGGUCCAGUCCCCCAGGUCAGUAACGGUCCAGUCCCCCAGGUCAGUAACGGUCCAGUCCCCCAGGUCAGUAACGGUCCAGUCCCCCAGGUCAGUAACGGUCCAGUCCCCCAGGUCAAUAACGGACCAGACCCCCGGGUCGGUAACGGUCCGGUCAGUAACAGUCCAGUCCCCCGGGUCAGUAACGGUCCAGUCCCCCGUGUCAGUAACGGUCCAGUCCCCCGGGUCAGUAACGGUCCAGUCCCCCAGGUCAGUAACGGUCCAGUCCCCCAGGUCAGUAACGGUCCAGUCCCCCAGGUCAGUAACGGACCAGUCCCCCGGGUCGGUAACGGUCCGGUCAGUAACAGUCCAGUCCCCCGGGUCAGUAACGGUCCAGUCCCCCGGGUCAGUAACGGUCCGGUCCCCCAGGUCAGUAACGGUCCAGUCCCCCGGGUCAGUAACGGUCCGGUCCCCCAGGUCAGUAACGGUUCAGUCCCCCAGGUCAGUAACGGUCCGGUCAGUAACGGUCCAGUCCCCCGGGUCAGUAACGGUCCUUCUCAGGGUGGGUCCAACAGCCUGGGUCUGAAUCUUAACAGCUGUUAG